CCCAACCCACACGCGUGUGUGUCAUGUAUGAUCUAGCUGAAAUUCCUGCAGGAGGUUUGGACUACAUGACCCACGAAAUCCUCUUCCAAUCUAGCAAUGCUAUGACGCUAAUAUUUCAGCCCCUCGCAGCCUUAUAUACGGCUUCCAAAUUCCCCGCCCCCUCCCCCAAAAAAGAGCAUCGCGAGAGAGCUGCGAAGAUCCCGCCCAUUGAAGGGGAGGGAACAAGGAAACAAUUUUUUCCUCCUGUCCACGCCUCCAAGCGGAUUCUCGUGAGGACAAGAGGGAGUUUCUCUCCUCCCCCGCAAACUUGUUCCAAAUGGAACUUUAAUGCACAUCCUUCCGGAUUCUAAUUGGACGCAGUUCUAAUUGCUGCGCAGCGCGCGCCACGGAAGCGUUUGCUGCACGCCAGAGGGAGAAGGGAAGAGAAGGCGUCUCCAUUCUCCCAACAUUUACGCACCGUUACGCAUCGCGCAUGGCGGAAUUGGCGCUGAAUCCGGAAGGGUGCCGCGUCGACUGACUUCAAGCGGAGAGGCGGGCGGCUGUUUUCCGCCCUUCCUUCCUUCCUGCCCCUCUCCCGGACCAUGGAGCUUCCGAGGCACGUUGGAGUCUCCAGGAUCCUGACGGUAAUUCCUCUAGCCGUGCCAGAGACGCCCGCGCCCUCUGUGUGCGUCUUUUCUUUUUCUUUUCCCCCUCCCCAUUUUGGUCGGGGUGGUAGCAUGGCGUUAUUGCACCCUGGGGAAAAAGGGAGAGGCAUCAGAGCAGGAAAAGCAGGCCGGGGUCUCUUCUCCUUUGCUUUCUCUUUCUCUUGCCGCGUUUGUUUUCUGGCGGAACAAACUGCUUGCAAUGGAAAAGGCGCGUCCGUCUUUGCAGCAAGAUAUUUCUCUGCCUUCCAACCUGCUGGCGUGCUUGGGGAUUUAUUGCGCGCCUCCCGCAGCUCCAACAUAGCCUCCGUUAGAGAAAAAUGAUCCAUGUAACUUUUCCAAAAGCAUGCUUAUGUUUAGAAUAGGAGUUGCAGCUACAAAACCAGUAGUGGUUGUUUCUCUUGGUUAUUUACUAAAAGAAAUAAUGUUCAGUGUUUCUCAAACUUGAGUCCCCCAGCUGUUGUUCGACUGCAGCUCCCAUCAUGCCUGGCCACAGGCCCUGCUAGCUAAGGAUGAUGGGAACUGUAGUCCAACAAUAGCUGUCAUUUGAGCUGCUGCUCCUAACCAAAUACAGUCAUACUUCAUGUUACGUUUUUUCAGGUUGCGUCCCGUGGCGACCCGGAAGUACCGGAAAGGGUUACUUCCGGGUUUCACUGCUCACGCAUGCGAAGAACCGUUAAAUCGCACUUCGCGCAUGCACACAAGCACCAAAUCGCGCUGCACAGAUACGGCGCUUCAGGUUGCGGGCUUUUCAUGUUGCGAAUGGGCCUCUGGAACGGAUCCCAUUCGCAAACAGAGGUACCACUGUAACAUUUCUUGCAGAUCGGUUUGAGUCCCCUUCUCAUUUACAGGCAUACACGGUUUCUUGUUAAAUAUAUUCUCAAAAGAGAUUGUUGCACCUUUGCUGAAGUUCAUCAGUUUAUGAGGGGCAAUGUAGGUUUUCCAUCCCCCUGAAAGGGUGAUUGAUCUGUUGUCUGCAUUUGAUGACAGAAUUUUAAUAGAUUUUUUUUCUGAUUUGCUCAUAGGACACAGACUGGACUGAACCAUGGAUCCUAGGUCUUGUAUUUUUCCACAUAGCUUACGUCUUCCUUACUUACCUCUCAUUCCAGCACUACCGCCUGCAAAUAGGACACUUCCUUUCGAUCAGUGAGUAUUGAAUGAAGUAUUUUUUAUGAUAUUGUUGCUCUGAAGUUAGCAUCUGGGUAUGUUUUAAAGGAAUUAAUGCAGUCAUUUUCAUUCUCUGCCUAUCUCUGUAACCUUACUAAAUUGUAUAGUAUGCAUUUCUGCACAAUGUACGUUAGUGUUGAUCACUUUCAAAUUGGGAUAUGACAUAUUGGAGUAUCUAUUCCAACGUGCACAAAGUAUUAGAGAAACUUUCUAAAGGCAUGUUUUUCAUUAGCAUUAGGUCCUUUCUUCUCGUACCCUUUACUGUUAGCAUGCUGAGAAAAUGACCCCGCUUUAGUGUAAGAUUCUAGAAUUUUAAAGUUUACAUUCAUAGCUUUGCAUCCCUGUAUUUUUGUUGAAUCUUCAUUUUAUUAUAAUUGAAAGUUUAUGGUUGUAAGCGCUCACUUUUUGCUGUGGCAAUAGAUAUAAAUGCCUAUAUAAACAGAAAAUUUAGAUAUUGAAGUUUACCCUAGCUGGCCCAUGGUCAGGUGUGAUGGGACUUGAAGUCUAGCAAUACCUGGAGUGCCACAGGUUCCUCAUCCAUCCCUUACCUGGGCACGCUAGUUAAAUUUGGAAUUGACUAUGGAAACUUGUGCAUGGAAGCCUAUAGGCUCUUCAGUCUUGCAGAUUACAUUUAGGAAAGAUGUUCUCUUCGUGGUUUCAUAUAUCACAUGCAUUCCCACACUUAGAUUCUUUAAAGCUUCAGAAUUCUAAUUUGUCUUCUUGGUUGUAGUGACCCUGGUAUUCUGUGCAGAAUAUAUCAAUGAAAUUGCGGCUGCAAACUGGAGGUAAUUACAUGAACUUUCUGCACCUAUGUUUACUUUAAAUACCUUUUAUCAUGCCGAAAUUGUUAUCAUCUUCCGUUUCCCACAGGUUAAUCAGGAAGUUUUUUAUGUCUGAUGUUUUUCUAUGUUUUAUAUAUGCUGUAAGCCACCCAGAGUGGCUGGGGAAACCUAGCCAGAUGGGCAGGAUAUAAAUGAUAAAAUUAUUAUUAUUACUACUUACUACUACUACUACUACUACUACUAAGCGACGCGGGUGGCGCUGUGGGUUAAACCACAGAGCCUAGGACUUGCUGAUCAGAAGGUCAGCGGUUCGAAUCCCCGCGAUGGGGUGAGCUCCCGUUGCUCGGUCCAUGCUCCUGCCAACCUAGCAGUUCGAAAGCACGCCAAAGUGCAAGUAGAUAAAUAGGUACCGCUCCGGCGGGAAGGUAAACGGCGUUUCCGUGCGCUGCUCUGGUUCGCCAGAAGCAGCUUAGUCAUGCUGGCCACAUGACCCAGAAGCUGGACGCCUGCUGCCUUGGCCAAUAAAGCGAGGUGAGCACCGCAACCCCAGAGUUGGUCACAACUGGACCUAUUGUUCAGGGGUCCCUUUACCUUUACUACUACUACUGUUGAGAUAUUUUGAAUUUGCCCUCCAAAUGUGUUGGACUACAUCUCCGACCAGGCCCAGUCAACUGAGGCAGGUGGGAGCUGUAGUUGGAGGGCACUAGAUUGGCAAAGGCGCCCCCCGCCCCCAGGUUAAAUUCUUAGCAGCCCUCUUCCAAGAAUAUAUGCAUAGGAUUGCUGGCUAAGAAUCCCAUUAAUGGGAGAGUCUGAGUCAUGCCUAGCUCACUGCCAUUCAAAUCAGUGGGACAUCUGAGUGCUUAUGCCUUUACAUUUAGCACCCUAUACAUUUUCUUACGCCAAACAGAAGUCAUCUAGAUGAUGUUACAAAAUGUUAACAGCUUACACAUAUAGCCCCCCUUUUUUAAAAGCAAGUUUUGUGGCAUAGGCAGAAGCAGUAGAAAAAAAGGUAAACUAGACACCUCCAAUUAUUAUGUUCAUUGCAGUGGUUUACAUAACUGCACCUCCUGAUAGAAAAUGCCAACACUGAAUAGCAGGCAUGUCGCAAAUAUGCUUCCAGAUAUACAUUAACUAUCAUGGCUGAGUCAAGUCAAACUCUGGGGCAGCAACAUGCGAGUGGCAAGAAUCUGGUGUCCUUUAUUUACUUUGGAAAUAAAGAUUUCACACCUUGGGUAUCUAAAAUGAAGCUCUAGAAGCAGUUGGGUCUCCAGCUGUUUUUGGACUACAAUUCCCAUCAUCCCUGACCACUGGUCUUGCUAGCUAGGGAUGAUGGGAGUUGUAGUCCAAAAAAUAGCUGGAUACCCAAGUUUGAGAAACACUGAGUGUUCAAGGUGAAUGUCUUAAAAGGGGAGGGGAGGAGGUUUGUUGACAAAAUGGCUCCUGAAGGUUCUCUUCAACACUGCAGGAACUCGCAUUUCACCUUUGCUUAUUGAGAAGUUGUGGGCAGCGAAGCAGGCUGGGAGACGACUUAAGUGUAGAUGGUGGAAAACUGGCCUGAGGCUAGCUGAACGUUUGCUGCCUACCAAGUGCUGGUGAAAGGCAGAGGAGCAGAAUUUCUUGCCACCAUUGUGUCCUCAGCGAGCCAGUGGGAGAGCAAAAGUGCCAUUCUUUUGUUUCUCGGUAACCGUUAAUUUGUAUUUGCAGCGACUAUACUAGAUCAUCCGUAUGAAGUAAUCACGUGUGUAGAAUUGUGUCGGUUUUUACUAACAUCUGUUUUAUUUUCCUUUGCAGAUUGUUCUCGAAGCACCAGUACUUUGAUUCAAGAGGAAUGUUCAUUUCCAUAGUUUUCUCAGCACCGUUGCUGCUGAAUGCUAUCGUUAUUGUGGUAAGAGCUGCUUCUUUUUCUUUCUUUCUUUCUUUCUUUUGCCUUACAAAUGUGUGUGCUCAGAUGUACAAGUGGGGCCUGCAACAGAAUGCUGCUGUGUGGAAUACUUGGGUCCAGGGAGCCAGCUUUUUCAGGACAGAUUAUUAUCUCUUUCCCUCCCCAGCCCCACCUCAGUCGAAGCAUUCCAUGCCCACGGAGCAUGCUCAGUCCUCACAGGGCUGAUUUGUGGGUCCUCACUGCUAAGUUGUGGGUGAGCAUAUCAGACGACACAGCGAUUCUUCAAACAGCUCUUGUUUAUUCACAGGCCAGAACAGAACAGAACUGAAGGGUUCAGCCAGCCUGCUUAUAUAGAGCUCCACUAGAACGCAACAGUAACCAUUUUCUGUAACUAUCCAAUCACUGAACGUCACUUUCGAUCCCUUAUUUGCAUAUGUGGACCUGAACUAUCUACAGUAUUCCCCUGCUGGCCCAGGGUGAGAACUUCAGUACAUAACACUCACUUCCACUUAAGGGUUUUUUUCUUAAGUUUUUUUUUAAACAACAACAACUGGAACCUUCUGGGGUUCCCCAAACAUCUCAGUUGCUUAUGGAUGGUGCUGUAAGAAUCCACAGUCAGCCCUGAACUUUGGAGUAUGUUCCUGAUAUGACCAGUAGGUUGCUCUGGCUCCCACAAGUUCCAAUGUUUUUGGAAGCCCACUGCACAAGACCUUGGAGCAUGGCCUUCAGUGUGGGUGCCCGUUCUGUGGAAUAGCAUUUCUGUCAAUAUAUGACAGGCAUCCACUACCUGCACCUUCUGGAAACAAAUGAAGACAUUUUUGUUCCAAAAAAGCCUUUCCAGUUGGAUGAAUGGGCCUCUGCCAUGGUUGUCUGUUUCUGAUUAAAAUACAUAUGUAUUGGGGAGGGGUGUUAACUGUUGUUUGCUAUUUUUAUUGUACAGUGGUACCUCGGGUUAAGUACUUAAUUUGUUCUGGAGGUCCUUUCUUAACCUGAAACUGUUCUUAACCUGAAGACCACUUUAGCUAAUGGGGCCUCCUGCUGCCACUGCGCCACCGCUGCACGAUUUCUGUUCUCAUCCUGAAGCAAAGUUCUUAACCCGAGGUAAUAUUUCUGGGUUAGCGGAGUCUGUAACCUGAAGCUUAUGUAACCCGAGGUACCACUGUACAUCACCUUGUAACUCUUAGAAAUAGAAGGCUAUUAACACAUCAGUAAUAAUAACAACAACAAAAAUAAGUGAUAAAUAAUAAGAAAUUAUUAUUUUUAUUUCAGGGUGCUUUUAAUGUGUGAUGUUCUGUUGUGUUGUUGUAUACCCUGUUGGAAGGCAGCCAGAGUGUCUGGGGCAACCCAGUCAGAUGGGCAGGUUACAAAAAUUAAAUGAUGAUGAUGAUCCUAUGAAGUAAAACAUUGUUCCUGCUCAAGACUGCCAGCUGGGCAUGUUUAUUUUGUCGCUCUUCCUUAUUUUUCCAGAUUCCCUUUCCAGCAGAGAGUAAGCAUUCAUUGCCCAUUGAACACCCAUUGGAGUGCUUGGAUUUUCGCCACCCCUUAGACCUUCUGAAAGGUUUGGGGGGGAAUAUUUUUUUUUACAGAUUUCAGGGGUCCCCCCUCAAGUGACAUCUUACCUCCCUCUUGUACCUGAGUGGUGCCAUUUUGUCUACAGAAGGACCAGCCCUUGAAGAAUAGUUGCCUGUUGUAUACAAAAGGACCGCUACUUCACUCACCUACAUAAUUAUUUGUUUUGCUUUUCAGAUUGCUUGGGUUUAUAAAACAGUGAAUGUAAUGACAGAACUGAAGACGGCGCAGCUAAAAAGGAAAGCAAGAAGAGAAAAUAAGAAAAGUCAAUAAAUAAUGGUUUCUCCUGUAAAUGUAUGUGGGAUGCCAUCAUUCUUAACAAUGUGAGGUUGAAAGAUUUGAGCUUUUGUGCCCUUUUCUUUCACAAGUUGUACAGUGGUUUUUGUGUGUGUGUGUUUUUUUGGGGGGGGGUUCUUUCUCUUAAACGAUUCUUUUAACUUAAAUUGUUGUCCGCUGUGAAUUAUAUCCCAAUACUGUGUGAGUGGAGCAGGACUUCACCUUCCUUCCUUUUAUCUUGCAGCCCUCUGUGUUACCCCCAAAUCUGCUCUGAAGGUUCCCCAACCUUCAGGUGUGUGUGUGAGAGAGAGACACAGCUGUGGAGAUGGUUGCUGCCCUAGGCCAGGCAUGUGCAGCUCUCUAGAGGCUGUGAUCUACCCAUUACCAUUGCCAAGAAUUGUUGAGCUUUUUUUGGGGGGGGGGGUGCCCUGAGUUGUCCGGCUAUUUUGGGGGGAGAAUUAUAUAAAAAGGCUCACACAGUAGUAUGCCAUCAGCCCUCCAUAAAACACUCAGCCAACGACGCAGUGAAUACAGUGGUACCUCGGGUUACAUACGCUUCAGGUUACAGACUCCGCUAACCCAGAAAUAGUGCUUCAGGUUAAGAACUUUGAUGCAGGAUGAGAACAGAAAUCGGGCUCUGGCGGCGCGGCAGCAGCAGGAGGCCCCAUUAGCUAAAGUGGUCUUCAGGUUAAGAACAGUUUCAGAUUAAGAACGGACCUCUGGAACAAAUUAAGUACUUAACCUGAGGUACCACUGUACAAGCUUUCGCGACAGCAGCCGCAAUGAAACAUAGUGCAGGGGGCGGAGUGAUCUAUCAGGAACACACAGGCGAUCACUGAUUUUAAUUCCGCAAUUGACCUGGAGCACCCCAAAGAUCUACCUGUCGAUCGGGGUCGACCGGUUGAACAUGUCUGUCCUAGGCAAACGACCUUGUUAUGAGCCUGUAGUAAAUCAUUUCAUACAAUGAAUUUAAUUGUAUACAGUUGUACCUCGGUUUAUGAACUUAAUCAGCUCCAGAAGUCCGUUCUUAAACCGAAAGCGUUCUUAAACCGAGGCGUGCUUUCCCUAAUGAGGCCUCCCACCACCGGUGCUCUUCCACCAUUCGGAUUCCAUUGUUCGACCAAGGUAGAGUUCGCAAACCAGGACACUACUUCCGGUUUUGCGGAGUUGGUAAACCGAAUUGUUCGUAAACAGGACUGUUCUUAAACCGAGGUACCACUGUACUGUGUAUAAAUUAAAAAGUACUUUUAUACGGUAGUUACUGAGCUACUAAUCCUGCAUCAAAGUGAACAUUGUGUAGCAGGUGUGCCAAAAUGCUAAUCAGAUGUAAAAUACCUUUAAUUUUUUAAAAAGAAAAACCAUCAAUUUUAACCUUUCCAUUUUCCACCCGUUGAAAAUCAGCCUAUUGGGUAUGCAGUGCCCGUUCUCAAAAUUGACUAGCUCCAUAAUUUGUCAUCCCUAACAACUGGGUGUCCCCCCCCCCCCGGCAACUAUUCUGCCACUUGAAGCUCGCAAAUGAUACCCCAGUGCAAUGUUUUGUUUUGUAAAGCAACCGUGAUUGUGAAUCCCAGCAUACUUUCUUGGCUAUCAGUUCCUUGGACUUAAACUGAACAUUAUUUUAAAAUAUUUGUACAUCUGAGUUGUAAAUUAAUACUGUAUAUUGCUGUAUAUGCCAUGAAAUGUAAGUUUACUGUUUUUACAUUAAACUUUUUAUUUUAUUUU